AUGGGCGAGGACGGCAUAAAACUGCUUCAGCAGAGGCUGGCCGAACGAACCCGCGAAGCAGCCCUAGAAAGCAAAUUUCGUAAGCUGUCUGCUCCAAUGUCAUCCAAGAAUGACAAACUGGUGCACAUCUUGUCGCCAAAGGGGCUGACGGACGAACAAAUGCAGGUUUUACGGCAUGAGGCCUCAUUCAACAGAGCCGAUGCCAAACCUGCCAACAUGAUCGCAGCUGUGGAAUCAAUCCUCAGCCAGACGGGAGCGACAGAUGAAACGAAGAACCUCCUUCGACAACAAGUGUCCCCCCUCCUCAUGGCUAAUAGGCCGCGCGACGUGCUUUUCAAGGUCAAGCGCGAUGCUCUUAAGGAACUCAGGGUCCACAACGACCUCGUUAUCGUACCCUAG